AAUAUUAACGAAUGUAAAGAUAUUUUAAAUGAUGUUAAACCGGAUAUUUUUAUAAUAAUGUUAUCCAGUCUGUGGCCAGUUACCGUUAGUGGUAGUCGAGACACAGACGUACGCUGUACAGCAAUACUGAUUCUAGAACAGUCUGCUUUGUGCUCUCGCUGUACUUUGACGUCAUACGCCGUUCAGUCUGCGCAGCGCUGUAUGCAUGUUAUGUAUAUUCAGUCUAUCCGUCGUACGUGUCCUUGUCGACGUCAAACGAAACCCUCGUCGUAAUCGACCUUUUUCCAAAGUCUGGAAAAAGCAGUUUACAUUAACAACUUCGAGAUAAAAUUCGACUAUCGGACUAUCACGUGGGUUUGUUGUGUGUGUUACUGAAGCGCCAUUUGGAAGGCAUCGUAAGUUCACUGACUACGUAAUAGAUGAGACUGUUACUCGCGAAAAGAAGUCGAAUUUGUUCAUCCAGCUUCGUACUUAAACUCGUAAACUAUCUUUAUGGAUUAUGAAAAUACUUAAUGCAGUGUAAAAACUGCAAAUUCAGCAGUUCGAGUGAAGACGUCCUUCUAAAGCACUAUCGGCUGCAUCACCCAAGCAUUUCCAGCUGGCCUUGUAUUCAUACUGGGUGUGUUUGUGUCUUCAGGACAGCAGGCUUAGAGACCGAGUCCUUGUGACCCUGAGGAUAUACCUGCACCAUUAAACUUGCCUGAUGGCUUUACUACUGCGAGUUGUCAUUUCUACAACUGAUGCCCGGCGACUUCAGCUUUUUGAAGUGCCACAGUCUGUGGAGUCCCUUAUUAGUAUUCUGAAGGAGAAACUGCAGUUACAAGGCCAGUUCGUCUUGCAGUUUCAGGACCCUGAUUUUGGGAAUGCCCUUUGCAGCCUGACUGACAUCUCGGAACUGCCAAGUGACAAAGCAGUCUUGCAUAUUCAGUGGUGCAAUUCAUCAUUGUCCGAACCCAGCCUUUCUGUGUCAUCUCUUGAUACUGCUAGUGUUGAUGACUCUGAUGGAUCCUUUACCAGCUCCACACCCUCUGUACAAAGGUAUUUGCGCACAGCCUCAGAAUGGCCACUGCCAUUCCCCAUCCCACCCCUGUCAUUUGAUGUCGAGCUAAAACUACGACGAGGGAAUGAGACAUAUGCAGAAACACAGACAGGCAUUGAUGUGACCAGAGACAUAAAGAUGGAGAUUCUUGAUAAAAUAGUUCAGGCUGUUUUUGACAUAAAGGCAUAUCCCAACAAUCAAGAAAUUGAGUCCAUUGCAUCUGCACUGAUUUCCAAGUAUCCAUGCCUUAAGGAGCCUGGCAAAGGUAAGGGCUAUGAAGGAUGGUUGAUCAGCCUAAAGAACAAGCUAAACAAUUACCGUUCAAAAUUGAGAGCAGCAGGCUGCAAUGAAGUUAGUGUGAACAAGAAGCGUAAGGAUGUUGAACAUGGACAUGGUUUCACCAUGAAAAAAGCAAAGCGUGGAGAAGUGAAUUUUGUCCCGGAACAUCCAUGCAACCAUACUGACGCUUCACUUGAAGAACAAAGACUUUUAUUGAUCGAUGAAACCAAAAAGGCAAGAAGCAACAUGGUGGUCAUAAGUGAAAAAAUGGAAUUAACUUUUUCCCUGAGGAGAAAAGAAGUGGUAGAAGAUCAACCAAUGGUUGUAGACGUGCAACAGAGGUGGCCUGCACUUUUUCUCCAGGAACAGAUUGCUGAGGAAUUCUUCAGAAUCACGAAUAAAGACCUUCUUGACGUCUUCAGGGCAGCAACAGACAGAUUUACACCUAAGCUCUUGAAAGUAUACAGAGCUCGAAAAGCUGCAUUUGGAGAGGAUAUGGAACAGCUCCUAGAAAGACUUGAUGAAAGGAUGACAGAUAUUGGUAAUCACAGAAGGACUACUGCUUUGAAAGGCCUGCCUUUGUUUCUUCGAGAGGACCCAAACAAGCUGUUCAAGACAUGCAAAGACACCGAAGAUGGGGCAAAAGGAGUGUCUAUUGCCAUUCUGUGUGUUUUGGAAGAUGACACCCAGGCGACAUCACCCGAGGUGGUAAACAUUGCUGUGGUGUUGGAGCAGGUCGUCGUUUUGAAAGAUCUCCCAGAUAUUUCUACUGCUCUUGCAUACCUUUUUGGCCUUCUGUAUGCAUUAAACAUGUCCUAUCCUCAAGCUCUUAAGUACACUUUUGACACCAUUCAGAAUGUUUUCAUGGAGCUGGGAUCUGGAUGCACCAAACGUGUGCUUUCUCUGAAGAACAAACUGUUGUAAAGAAAAUCAGAACAGUGUUUUGGCAUCCUUUUUGAUGUUCAUUUGUUACAAGACACUUUGAUACAAGGUCUGUUUUUUUUUUUUUUUUUUUUUUUGCAUCUAUUUCUUGUUACAGGUGUCAAACUUUUCCAAAUGCACCAAUUGUGUGCUUUCUCUGAAGAACAAACUGUUGUAAAGAAAACCAGAACAGUGUUUUGGGAUCCUUUGUGGCAUUCAUUUGUUACAAGACCUAAAGUGCGCUUGGAUACAAGGUCUGCAGUUUUUUUUUUUUUGCAUCUCUAUUUCUUGUUACAGAUGUCAAACUGUUCCAAAUGCACCAAACGUGUGCUUUCUAUGAAGAACAAACUGUUAUAAAGAAAAUCAGAACAGUGUUUUGGGAUCCUUUUUGAUGUUCAUUUGUUACAAGACCUAAAGUGCGCUUGCCUGGAUACAAGGUCUGCGUUUUUUUUCAUCUCUAUUUCUUGUUACAUAUGUCAAACUGUUCCAAAUGAACCAAACGUGUGCUUUCUCUGAAGAACAAACUGUUGUAAAGAAAAUCAGAACAGUGUUUUGGGAUCCUUUUUGAUGUAUCCAAGCGCACUUUAGGUCUUGUAACAAAUGAACAAGGUAUGUUUUUUGUUUUUUUGCACCUCUAUUUCUUGAUACAGGUGUCAAACUGUUCCAAAUGCACCAAACGUGUGCUUUCUAUGAAGAACAAACUGUUAUAAAGAAAAUCAGAACAGUGUUUUGGGAUCCUUUGUGGCAUUCAUUUGUUACAAGACCUAAAGUGCAACUUGGAUACAAUGUGAUUCUUUUGGUUGGCAUCUUUUUCUUGUCGUCAGAUGUCAGACUGUUCUUAAUGUGUUUUAUAAUUGUAAUUUUGUAUUACAGCAUACCAUACCAGGUUAGUGGUUGCAGUAAGCAUGUCUGUUCUUAUAUAAGGAUGUUUAAAAUUGAAAUUGAUAAAGGGAUAGUUCAUCAAAAAGUGAAAAUUGUCACAUUUUGUCACUCUUAUUUUCUUACAAACCUCUAUAAAUGGCCAAGUUCCGAGGAACAUGAAGAAGAAUGCUUUGAGGAAUGUUUGUAACCAAACGUUCAUGUGCCCCAUUCACUUUUAUAGUAGGAAAAAGAAUACUAAAGAAAUGAAUGAGGUUCAUGAUCUGUUUGGUUACAAACAUUCUUCAAAAUAUCUUAUGUUCAUCAGAACAAAUACAUUUAUACAGGUUUGUAACAUCAUGGGAGUAAGAAAAUGACACAAUUUUCAA